AAAGCAGUGACAUCGACGACAUAACAGAUACUGACGACACGAUUGUUAGCGACAAACAACCUGAGGAAGCUGAUCCCAAUGCUCAAACUGGAACCAACAAUAACAACACUCAACAAGGACUUCGGGACGACAAGGUGAAAGAGUACUUGAGAAAAUGGUUUGCUGCAUAUGUCUCGAAGGAUCCACAACCGAAGAAAAUAUGCUUGUGUAUUGUGACGGGGAUGAUUGCGAAGUCGUCUGUCAUCAAGUGUUACGGAAUCGUGCAUUUACCGGCUCCCGAUGAACCAUGGUAUUGUGAUAGGUGCUUGGCAAAACCUUCAGAAACGGUGAUAUGUGCACUAUGCCCGAGGAAGACGGGCGCAUUCCGCAGGAUGAAAGAAGGAGAUGCGGCUGGAACAUGG